GACAGGAGGUGGAGAAAGAGGAGGUGCCUGAGUGUGGGAGGCGGAAUAUGCAGAGGGUCUGAAAAAGCUCUCAAAGCGCGGGGAAAGACGGGAGCUAAUAUAAACGUGCUGCCCUUCACUCGGGGCUAUCAGGGGCUAAGAAAACAGCGCUACCUCUGAACUGACCUCCGGCGCUUCAAAGACAGCGGGACGCGCUGAGCUCCGGCCCAUGCAGAGCGGCCAGCGGCCAUGGCCACGCUGGAGGGCUGCCGCUGUCGAGGUGCCAGCGGCCGAAACAGCAGCAGCAUCCUCUACAGCAUUUUGAAGAGUGACAGCCUUGCGACAGCAGAGGAGAAACAACAACAACAACAACAACAACAACAUCAUCAACAACAUCAUCAACAACAACAACAAGAAGAACAACAAUCUCAACAACAGCAACAACAGCAACAACAAACACUGCAUAACUUAUUCCACAGGACCUCCUCCAACGCAGCCCCAGCCUCGCUGCAGGAGCACCGGCAGCAGGCUUGCUCCUGCGGCUCGACGCGGCGCCGAGGUAUCCUCCGCUCCCCGCAGGUGACGUGCAAAGCCGCGUCGGCGGUUCUGGUGAAGACGCUGCGCUUCGUGAAAAACGUCCCCUGUUUUCGUGAGCUGCCGGAGGACGACCAGCUGAUGCUGAUCCGGAGCGGCUGGGCGCCCCUUCUCGUGCUGGGACUCGCACAAGACCGGGUGGACUUUGAGACUACGGAGACCGUGGAGCCCAGCAUGCUACAGCGCAUCCUCACGGGUUUACCGGACAGACAGAGCGAGAUGCUGGCCGGCCAGACCAGAGCGACAGCCGGGGUCUCUGUUGUGGAUAUCGAAGCGAUCAAAGCUUUCCUGAAGAAGUGCUGGAGUGUAGAUAUCAGUACGAAGGAGUACGCGUAUCUGAAAGGAGCUGUGCUGUUCAACCCUGAUCUGGAGGGUCUGCGCUGUCUCCACUACAUCCAGUCUCUGCGUCGGGAGGCGCACCAGGCUCUGAAUGAGCACGUCAGGCUGAUCCACCGCGAGGACACGACGCGGUUCGCCAAGCUGCUCAUCGCUCUGUCCAUGCUGAGGGCCAUCAGCCCGCCGGUGGUCGCUCAGCUCUUCUUCAAACCCAUCAUAGGGACCGUCAACAUUGAGGAGGUGCUCAAGGAGAUGUUCUACGGGAAGUAGAUCCAGAGUGGACAGAGUUGAAUUCAGCAGGUUCAGCUGCAAGAUGGACUGAAAUGCUCCAAGCUCUGAUUGGGUAAGAAGGCAGAUGAGGAGGAUAGGGACUGCAUUUACAACUACUGUAUGUGGGAGAUCUUCAAGGACUGUGAAAUGAGCAACACAGGCAAGAAUAUUUGUGUGUGCAUGAGAGAAUGAAAGAGAAAGCAAGAUGUUGAGUGUGUUGAAGGCUGAAAAUUGUCAUGACAGAGGAAAAAUACAAAGCAGCUGCUGGAAUUCAUAACUUAUUUGUUUUUAUAUAAACUAUUUUUCUAUAAUAAAAAAAAUACUCCGAA